AUGAUUUCGACAUUGUUUGGGCUGUUUGUGAAAUUACGAAGCUUUACGAUUGAAAAAUCUUCCCAAUUAAGCGGUGAAAAUGGUAGCAACAAGCAUGGAAUCGAAGAACAAGUCAACGAUUUGUACUCCAAAAACACAAAGAUCCGCAAUUCCAUCUCGAAACAAAUUGAGAAGGUUAGAGACGACGAACUUCAGCCACAGCUCAUCGAGUUGCGAUACAGGUUUUGGAUAGAUGUGGAAGAGGAAAUUAAAAUGGAGAUGAAUUUACUUGAAUUUUAUUUGGGUAAUGAGAAGAUAAUAUAUCAUUAAAGGUUGAAGUUGAAGAACUUAGAGUGAUACCAUACAAGGAAGCACACGAGGACGCGAUUCAAUUUCGAAUUUGACGAAGGCGAGAUGCAGUAGUAAUUGGAGUGAAGGGUGAUUCUUGGAGAAGAUUUCAGGCAUUUUGUUUGAAAAGAUCUUGCUCUCUCUUCGAUAAUUAAAGGAGGGCAUCAAUGUCCAAUGAAUUAAUUUUUCAGUGGAAAGAUAAAUGAACAUGUGGAAAAAUCAGCUCCCUUAAUAAAAAUCAGC